AUGCGAAUUCGGCGCUUUCAAGUGCUUGCUAGUGACUGUGUGAACAUGAGAGACACAGCUGCCAAAGUUGCAGGCAAGCCAGACGAGGAGGCUUUUGCACCUUCUGGAAAGUCCGAAGGAGGCGACGAGCUGAAGUGCUUCAAGAAGAAGGAUUGCUGA